GGUUUAUGCCCUCUAGCGGUGAGUAUGAGUAAAGACUUAGCCUCUGUGACGCGCCGCAACGAUAGAGGGCGUCAAAGAAUGCAAUACAUGUAUACAUAAUUUCUUCGCACCUUGUGGCAGUGAGAGACAGGAAGAGAGACUAACCAUAACAAACAUGGCUCAAAGUCUGUCUGGUCGAGUUGGUCGUGCAGUUCUCGCAGGCAGAUGGAUCUCUUGUGUCGCUUCUCGAACCCUUUGCACGGCUGGACAAAAGGAGCCGUUGACGCUGAAAGAACAACACGGUGGAAUCAGGAGAAUAAUCUUGAACAACCCAAAGAAGAGAAAUGCUCUGUCGUUGGUCAUGCUUGAAUCCUUGCGAGAAAACAUCGUGACAGGAGUGGACAGCGACGACCUGCGUGUCAUUGUCAUAUCAGCUCGAGGGCCAGUGUUCUCCUCUGGACAUGAUUUGAAAGAGCUCACGUCAACCCAGGGCAGAGACUACCACACCAAAGUCUUUGGAGCCUGUUCCGAUGUCAUGACCUUGAUCCAGGACAUUCCUGUGCCCGUCAUCGCCAUGGUGAACGGGGUGGCGACGGCAGCCGGGUGCCAGCUGGUGGCCAGCUGUGACAUCGCUGUGGCAACAGAGAAGUCCACCUUUGCCACGCCGGGUAUCAACGUGGGGCUGUUCUGCUCCACGCCAGGGGUGGCCCUCGGCAGAGCCGUGCCCAGGAAGGUUGCCAUGGAGAUGCUGUUCACGGGGCAGCCCAUCUCGGCCCACGAUGCCUUGCGUCACGGCCUGCUGAGCCGCGUGGUGGCGGACGAGACGGCCCUGGAGGAGAGCGUGACGUCCGUGUGUGCCCGCGUGUGCCAGGCCAGCCGGCCCGUUGUGGCGCUGGGCAAGGCCACGUUCCAGCGUCAGAUGGCGCAAGGCAGGGACGCGGCGUACGCCACCACCUCCCGGGUGAUGGUGGAGAACCUGGCGCUGCGGGACGGCCAGGAGGGCAUCCGGGCCUUCAUCGAGAAACGGAAGCCCACAUGGACAAACAGCACGGAGAAGGCGCAUGAAUGAGUUAUACAGCAUAAGGGGGUUUUAGGGGAGAAGAUCAAGUAGUGUGUGUGUGGUGUGUGUGGUGUGUGUUACUUGUAAGACAUCAAGAGUGAGAGAUGAGUUCCAUUAGAUACAAGGUGUGUGUGUGUGUGUGUGUGUGUGUGUGUGUGUGUGUGUGUGUGUGUGUGUGUGUGUGUGUGUGUGUGUGUGUGUGUGUGUGUGUGUGUGUGUGUGUGUGUUUGCCUUGCCUGUGGUCACACACAGUCAGAAGACAUUAGCUGACACACAUGUGCUGGAUUGCGUAAGGGAUGCGUGUCUACUAUGUACAAAGUGUGUGUGUGUGUGUGUGUGUGUGUGUGUGUGUGUGUGUGUGUGUGUGUGUGUGUUCACACAGUGCUCUAAAGACAUUGGGACUGGGCCAUGAGAUGUGCUCUAUUAGGUGUGGAGUGUGAAAGGGAAGAUUAUAAAGAGGAUAUGGUGUGCCCCAUUACGUGUGUGCCAGGUAGAUUCAGAUUACAUUUCUUUUGUGCAUUAAUAGCGAGGCCUUUGAUCUGAAGAACAAGUCCGAUAUGCUUUGAUUAUGUUUGACUUGCAUAUUGCCACCCACUACGUAACUAAUAGAGAAGCACAGAUGAUAAUGAUUAUUGUAGGUGAUAACGCACGCCAUUAGGGAACAACAAACAGAACCAGCCCAUCAGAUUGCACAACAGUUGUGAGUUUGUUAGUCAUUAAACAAUGUGCUACUGGUUGAACAUUGCUGCUGUACUGAAGUGGUUAGAGUACUUACACCAUGAAUGGGUAAAUGCCUAUGUGACACCCAGGGUUGUGAAUCUUGACUUGGGGGAGAAUUUCCCAAUCUUGCCCACUGUUUCUCGCUGGUUCAUUUCCUCUUUAAAUCUUGUUAAUCAGUUGACUCGCCGUUAUAUUCCAAAAAGGGCAUUAUGGAAUGAAAGCUGAGUGCUUUGUGGAAACAUCCCCAGUGUCAGACUGCUUCUCUGCUUUGUUAAGAUUGUAAGGAUGAUCAAACUAAUCCACUGAAAAGUAACCAAAAAAAGACAAAUGUCAAUGCAUACUAUAUAACAUGUUUCUUGCACACAUUUCUCAUCUGCUACUAUGAUACGUUUGUAGUUUUCAGGAGAAAGAAAAAACAUUUUCUUGAUUUUUUUUUCUCAUUGUGUCAUGCCUCUGAAUGCCUAGCCCUUAGUGGCUGUGUGUGAAUGAUUAUGCAGGGUUGAUCAGGGUGUAAAAUAUUAAAAAUAAAACUGUGUUUUGUAUCCA